AUGUUUACCUUGUCAGUGAUUACGACAUUAUCUGCAGUUGUUAUUGUGGAUAGCUUAAUAUUGUACUAUCCUGUUUAUCCCAAUUAUGUUGUACCCAAACAUUUGCGAAAUUUCGAACGGAACGCUCCACCGAGAGUUUUUGCCAAAGAUCCGGAUAUACCAUCUUCUGGUAUAGUGUUUCUCAAAAAAAAUUUACGGAAAAAUCUCCUUAAUUUUGAAGAACGUUCAGUUGAAUCAGAUGUGACAGAGAGCAACAAUCGACAGAAGAUUCAUUCAGAUCGAAGUGACAUUAGAAAUCAAAAGCUGGAAGUGGUUAGUAAAGCUGAAGCUGUAAAUAGCAAGAAUACAUCAGUGUCACCUGUACUUCCAGUUAAAUCAGUUCAAGAUGACACACUCUCAUCGCAUCAAUCAAAAAAUGUUUCCACUCGAUUUUACACCAUUUACGAUUCUAAAACGAAGGAAUUUGUGACGAGUAAUGAGCCAAAAUUGUUACGACAGAAUGAAAAUGAUAAUGAAAUAAGAUCGAUAUCAAGGCCAUACCAUGAGGGAACUGCGCGACUAAUUGGAAAAAGCGCAAACAAAAUCACUGAUCAAUUAGGAACCAGAUUUUCGAUUCCGUUCGGAUCAAAUCAAAAGGUACAGCGUAUAUUUUCAAAAAUACCUGAAUCUACUAAAAUUUCAAGUCGGCAUACUUCAGGACAUAGAAUAUUUAUUGUCGAUAGUGAUGCAAUUAUCAAACCCCUAAAAUCUUUUGUUUUGCGGCAUUAA